UGCUCAGACCCCAAGGACCCCCUCAGAGUGCCCCCAAAGUGCUCGGGCCCCAAGGACCCCCAGAGUGCCCCCGAGGACCCCAGAGUGCCCCCUGAGGACCCCCACAGAGUGCCCCCACAAGGACCCCCCAGAGUGCCCCCGAGGACCCCCAGAGUGCCCCCUGAGGACCCCCCCAGAGUGCCCCCGAGGACCCCCAGACUCCCCCGAAGUGCUCAGAUCCGGAGGACUCCCUCAGAGUGCCCCCAAAGUGCUCGGGCCCCAAGGACCCCCCAGAGUGCCCCCCCAAGGACCCCAGAGUGCCCCCCUGAGGACCCCCCGAGUGCCCCCCUGAGGACCCUCAGAGUGUCCCCCCAAGGGCUCGGGCCCAAGGACCCCCCAGAGUGCCCCCUGAGGACCCCCACAGAGUGCCCCACAAGGACCCCCCAGAGUGCCCCCCGAGGACCCCCUCAUAGUUCCCCCCAAAAUGCUCAGACCCAAGGACCCCUCAGAGUGCCCCCCAAAAUGCUUGCGCCCCAAGGACCCUCCAGAGUGCCCCCCCGAGGACCCCCAGAGUGCCCCCUGAGGACCCCCCCAGAGUGCCCCCCGAGGACCCCCAGAGUGUCCCCCAAGAACCCCCAGAGUGCCCCCUGUGGACCCCCUCAUAGCUCCCCGAAGUGCUCAGAUCCCGAGGACUCCCUCAGAGUGCCCCCCAAAGUGCUCGGGCCCCAAGGACCCCCCAGAGUGCCCCCCAAGGACCCCCCAGAGUGCCCCCUGAGGACCCCAGAGUGCCCCCCGAGGACCCCCUCAUAG